AGAAGACGUGAUCCGUCCCAUUGCAGCAAGCAUGGCUAAUAAAGGUGUAAAACAGAGUCGUUCAGAUUCUGGAUUGACGGGAAGAAAAGGUGCGGGUGAGCAGGAGGAAGAGGAACAGCCGCUUCAGGCUGUGUUAGUCGGAGACAGCUUCAACCGGAGGUUUUUCCCUGUGACUAAGGACCAGCCCCGGGCUUUGUUGCCGCUGGGGAACGUUGCCAUGAUCGACUACACCCUGGAGUUCCUCACUUCCACUGGAGUGCAAGAAACCUUUGUGUUCUGCUGCUGGAUGGCCAAUAAAAUCAAAGAACAUUUAUUGAGGUCCAAAUGGUGUCGGCCCACCUCCUCAAAUACAGUCCACAUCAUUACCUCAGACCUGUAUCGCUCCCUUGGCGAUGUGCUCAGGGAUGUUGACGCAAAGGCCCUUGUGCGUUCGGAUUUUGUGCUGGUGUAUGGAGAUGUGAUAUCCAAUAUAGACAUCAGUCAGGCACUGCAGGAACACAGGUAUCGCCGAAAGAUUGAAAAGAAUGUUUCAGUGAUGACCAUGAUUUUCAAGGUAUCGUCGCCAGGUCACAAGUCCCGCUGUGCAGAGGAUGAUGUUAUUGUGGCCGUGGACAGCAAGAGUCAACGGAUUUUGCACUACCAGAAAACACAGGGGCUGAAGAAGUUGCAGUUCCCCAUGAACAUUUUCCACAGUGGAAGUGAUGAGUUUGAAAUCAGACAUGACCUCUUGGACUGCCACAUCAGCAUCUGCUCCCCACAAGUUGCUGAGCUCUUCACUGACAACUUUGACUACCAAACUCAGGAUGAUUUUGUCAGAGGAAUUUUGGUGAAUGAAGAGAUUCUGGGCAACCAGAUACACAUGCAUGUCACAAAGGACGGCUAUGGUGCCCGAGUAUCCAACUUGCUCAUGUAUGAUUCGGUGUCAUCAGACCUUGUGCGGCGUUGGGUCUAUCCCCUCACCCCAGAGGCCAACUUCACAGACCAGAAGGGGCAAAGCUGCACUUACUCGCGGCAUAAUGUCUAUCGAGGGUCAGGUGUCAGCUUGGGCCAUGGCAGCCAGAUGGAAGAGAAUGUUCUCAUUGGCUGUGACACCAGUAUUGGCGCCAAUUGUUGCAUCUCCAACAGUGUCAUUGGUAACAACUGCACCAUUGGUGACAAUGUAAUCCUUGACCAUGCCUACAUCUGGAAUAAUGUUCACAUUGCCAGUAAUGUGAUGAUUACCCAGUGUGUGGUGUGUGACAAAGCUGAGAUCAAAGAGAGUGUGACGCUUCAGAAACAGUGCGUCCUCGCAUACAAUGUGGUGAUUGGACCAAACUUCUCUGUAGCUGAGGGCACUGUGGUGUCCAUGCAUCAUCAGGAGGAGGAGGAGGAGGAUGAAUUCCUCAGUGAUGAUGCUGAGGAUGGUCACAGUAAAGAAAAAAGCAAACAAAAAGUAUUCAAACCAGUUGAGGUUGGAUUGGAGGGAAAAGGCUACAUUUGGAAGGCCAGUGUUCUGGAUGACACGGAGGAAGAAGCGCUAUCACAGUGUCUCUGGGGCUUGGUGCUGAACUCAGACCCUGAGAGUGAAAGUGAGGCCAGUGAGUCUGAAGGUCCUGAGGAACCAGUGAUUCCCUCCCCUGAAGCAGAUGAUGUCAAAGUCUUCCAGCUGGAGGUCCAGGGGACCCUGCAGAGAGGUUUAGAGGAAAAUAUCGGCUGUGAUAAUCUUGUUCUUGAGAUCAACUCCCUCAAAUACGCCUAUAACAUCACUCUGAAAGAGGUGAUGCAGAUUUUAAUGAGGGUGGUGUUGGAGUUCCCGUUCCAGCAGAAGGACUCAGAGCUCACCACGUCACAAUAUGCUGCUGUGCUUCUGCCGUUGUUGAAAAGGUGGGCGCCAGUGUUCAGGAACUAUGUGAAGCGAGCGCAGGAUCAUCUGGACUGUUUGUCCGCUUUUGAGGAACACUUCUUGGAGCAAGAGAGCCACUGGGCUGCUAUGACCAAGAUCCUGAUGAACAUGUAUCAGGAGGAGAUCCUUGCUGAGGAAACGAUACUGCACUGGUUCUCUCAGAGAGCCGCAACUGAAAAGAGCAGACAGCUACGCAAAAACCCAGGGCUACAGAAGCUCAUCCAGUGGCUGCAAGAGGCAGAGGAUGAGUCAUCAGAGGAGGAAGACAAAUUAUGAAGAGCCCUGGAGGAAAACACACAGACCAUUCUUUAAAACAUUAAACCUGCUGUGUCCACUGAG